CAGCGCGCCAGCUCACUCGGACAGCGGUGUGCUCUGAAGUCUACUUGUAACGCAGAAACUAAUUCAACGCUGCAACUUGUGUUUCACCGUUAGGAUUAUCCCCGCCUAAUUGCCAUGGAUUUUAUUCGUUCCAAUAAAACAACUCUGAUAGACCUUCUUUCCACUGAUGCCAGUUUUAUUUUGCAACAUGUUCAGAGGAAAAAUCUCAUUACUCCACGGGAGUACAGGAAUCUUCAUGGCAUGUCUCAAAACGGUGAGAAGACAAUCAUAGAACUGUUAGACAAACUGAUGAACAAGAAUGACGAGUACUGCAUCAACUUUAUUUCUCUGUUGAGAGAAAGAGAAAUUGUUGACACUUUCCCAUCACUGAAAGAGCUCCUUAACGCUCAGGAAAAUGUCCCCCGUCAGGAAGUUGCACAGUUACCUGCAACAGAUAAUCCAGACACCAACUCGGAUAACGCAUAUACGAUGAUCAACAAUCCUCGUGGCCUCUGCAUAAUCAUCAAUAAUGAAAACUUUCAAACAUUAUCGACACGAAGAGGAUCUAGUGAAGAUGCAGAUGCUUUGAGGAAAGUCUUCACCUGGCUGAGUUUUGAAGUGGAAUACCACCAAGACCUGACCAAAGAUAAAAUGAAGUCUGCUGUACAAGAGGGCAGUCAGAGGGCUGAUGGAGAUUGCUUUGUCUGCUGUGUCAUGAGCCAUGGGGAAACAAAUGGUGUGUUUGGAUGUGACAGUGGAGUUAUGACCGUAGAAGAGAUGAUCACCCCCUUCAAAGGAAACAACUGCCCGAGGCUCGCUGGAAAACCUAAACUCUUCUUCAUCCAGGCUUGUCGAGGGCGUCUUUUUCAGAAUGAAGCGAUGAUCCGAGCUGACAGCUCUCGUGAAGACAACCAGGAUUUAGAGAUGGAUGCUUACCCUGGGGAAAUGAUCUCCAUCCCAGCAGAAGCUGAUUUCCUUGUCUCCAUGGCUACUGUGAAUGAGUACUUCUCUUUCAGAAACAACAUCACAGGCUCAUGGUUUAUCCAAUCUCUAUGCAAGCAACUCAAAGAAGGUGUACUCAGGAGGGAUGACAUCUUGACUAUUCUCACCUAUGUCAACGAUGAUGUCUGCCGGGAAGAAGGGAACAUCAGAGGAAAGAAAGCUAAACAGGUCCCAGACCAGUCCUUCAGACUCCGGAAAAGGCUUGUUUUUCCAGUGCCUAACAGUCCAUACCUGUAACUAUCUGAACAUUCAUGUAAUUGUACUAUGACAAUAUUUUAUUUUUCAAAAAAAAAAACAGCCAAUUGAUAUAUUUUUGAAAAUAUAGAUUGUUUUUUUUUUAUUGCAUUGUAUAGGAUUAAGUGAAACAAAGGAAACAAAUGUACUGUAUGUAACAUGACAAAAAGUGAAAAAAAAGAACAGUUCUUAAAGAAAGAUUUAUAUAUUCUA